UGUUUUGUUCCCCUCCCGGCUGCAGCCCAAAUCGAAGUGAUCCCGUGUAAGAUCUGCGGAGACAAGUCUUCGGGGAUUCACUAUGGUGUCAUCACCUGUGAAGGCUGUAAGGGUUUCUUCCGGAGAAGCCAGCAGAAUAACGCCAGCUACUCCUGCUCGCGCCAGAGGAACUGCCUGAUCGACCGGACCAACCGGAACCGGUGCCAGCACUGCCGCCUGCAGAAAUGUCUGGCGCUGGGCAUGUCGCGUGACGCGGUGAAGUUCGGCCGCAUGUCCAAGAAGCAGCGGGACAGCCUGUAUGCGGAGGUGCAGAAGCACCAGCAGAACCAGGAGCAGAACGGGGUCUCCAAGGACGACUCCGAGGCCCUGGCACGGGUCUACCCCACCAGCGUGAGCAGCGGGGUCUCGGACCUGGACGAUAUCUCCCCACUGUCGGACGGGCUCCUCUUCGACUUCCCCCUCACCCCUGACGGAGGCAGCACCUACUACAACCUCGACCUCCUGACCUCGGCCCAGCCCUCGCCCGACCAGUCCAGCAUGGACGUCAGCGAUGCCAAACUCAUCAAGCAGGAGUCCAUCUACGAGCUGAUGCUGGAGCCCGGCCUCUUUGCCCACGACACCCUGGAAGGCAGCCAGCUUGCCUCGGACAUUUCGAUGCUCGAGAUCGACCGGAUCGCUCAGAACGUGGUCAAGUCCCACCUGGAAACCUGCCAGUACACGACGGAGGAGCUCAAGAGGCUAGCGUGGAUGCUCUACACCCAGGAGGAGAUCAGAAGCUUGCAGAACAAGAGCUGCGAGACCAUGUGGCAGCAGUGCUCCCUGCAGAUCUCCAACGCCAUUCAGUACGUGGUGGAGUUCGCCAAGCGCAUCGACGGCUUCAUGGAGCUCUGCCAGAACGACCAGAUCAUCCUCCUCAAAGCAGGUUGCCUGGAAGUGCUUCUGAUCCGAAUGAUUCGGGCAUUCAACCCUUUAAAUAACACGGUGCUCUUCGAGGGGAAAUACGGUGGCAUGCAGAUGUUCAAGUCGCUUGGCUGUGACGACCUUAUCAAUGCCGUCUUCGAGCUCGGGAGGAACUUGUGCCGGCUACAGCUCUCGGACGAGGAGAUUGCACUGUUCACUGCAGCCGUCCUGCUCUCUCCAGAUCGCCCUUGGCUCACGGAAUCCAAGAAGGUGCAGAAACUCCAGGACAAGAUCUACAUAGCCCUGCAGCACGAGAUCCAGAAGAAACACCCCAGCGAGGAUAAGCUCUCAAAGAUGAUUUCCAAGCUGCCCUUGAUGAAAACCAUCUGCAACCUGCACUUGGACAAGUUGGAGUUUUUCCGGCUCCUGCAUCCGGAGACCGUUAUGAACUUUCCGCCCCUGUACAAGGAAGUAUUCAACUCGGAGCUCCAGUACAGCGACCCACGAGAGAGCUAAGGCUCGGAGCGGCCAGACCCUGUUUCAUUUCCCAAAGUUUGGAGGGAACAGAAACACUGGGGGCCAGGGGAGGUUCAUUUAACUCAAAUAACCAAACCCGAGAGACCCUACGGGGUGAGGUGAUCUGCCCCUCUGCCCCACCUCCUCGCUGUGGUUUGCAAUAGCUCUUGAAUGUAAUGCACCUUGAAGGACAAGUGAACUGACUUUGCCAUACCGGUGAAAUGAAUGUGAAAUCUCCACUCCCUCGAGGAGACGCUCCAUUACCGUACCAACACCUUCCCUUAGUGCAUGAAUCACCAUGGGGCAGACACACGCCCAGGCAACAAAGCAAAGGAGCCCAGCUCCCAGCACUCAUCCCAGGACCAGCCCUUGUUCUCCUCUUGUUUCAUAUGUAUUUGUUUGUUUUAAAUUAAAUAAACACCAGAAAGAUGGAAUGAAAAAGGGGCAAUACAGACUUGGUGGGAUAGGUGGCUAACCAAAAACAGGCAGGGGAUGGGAAGAGAAGUAAAGGCCG